AUGUCAGUAAUUUCUCAGCUCUCUUCACAAGGAAUAGCACCAAGAGUGUUCUCACACUGCUUGAAAGGAGAUAGUAACGGUGGCGGCUUAUUGGUUCUUGGUGAGAUUGUGGAGCCAAACAUAAUUUAUAGUCCACUCGUUCCGUCACAGCCUCAUUAUAAUCUAAAUCUGCUGAGCAUCUCUGUCAGUGGCCAAGUUUUGCCGAUUGAUUCUGCUAUUUUUGCUACAUCAAACAAUAGAGGUACCAUUAUUGAUUCUGGAACAACUUUGGCAUACAUUGCAGAAGAGGCUUACAAUCCCUUUAUCCAUGCGAUUACCGCUGCCAUUCCACAAUCUGUGCGCACUGUUCUUUCCAGAGGAAAUCAGUGUUACUUAGUUACCACCAGCCUUGACAUGUUUCCUCAAGUAAGUCUGAACUUUGCUGGCGCGUCUCUCGUUUUAGGACCACAGGACUACCUUAUAAAGCAGAACUAUAUUGGAGAUGGAUCAGUUUGGUGUAUCGGCUAUCAGAAAAUCCCAGGGCAAGAUGUAACAAUUCUAGGAGACCUUGUAUUAAAAGACAAAAUUUUUGCACAUCACUAUCAUAUUAUAUUAUUCCCACCCCCAAGACUUUAUUGUAUUAUGAAUUCACAUGAAUCUUAUAACAUGCUAAAAAACAGAACAGAGUUUAUGAAAACGACUCACAUCUUUAAGAUCUUGAUCGGUUGA